AUGGUGUCUCCAUUCGUCGUCCUCCAGAGCCUCAAAAGAACGAACGACUACCCUUCUGCCACUGCACCUCCGGAGAGCGAAAAGCCAAUUUGCCGAUUCUUCAAAACCGGGAGCUGCGUAUAUGGGGAGAAAUGUCUGUUCCGUCACGCUGAAGAGAAUUUGGCUUCUCGAGAACCCACCCCUGCUACCCUUGCUGUAGCAGAUGCGAUUGAGGAUGAAUCCAAGAAGGACGACUUCUCGAGAACAAUUGGAGGCGCAUUCGUCCAAUUCGAAGCUGGUGCUCGGGUAUCCAAGAUCCGUCUGCCCAGCGACUUCUCCGCCGUCCGUAUCAACGGCUUGCCGCAAGGCACCUCUGAGCAAUCAGUCCGUGAUAUGCUCGCCGAAAAGGGGCUCGACAUCGGCGUCGACGAUGUGUACAUGUUGCACAUGGAUGGCAGCUGCGGAGCUUCUGUGAGAUCGGAUGACCCGUCCUUCUCCAAGAGGCUCUGUGCAAUGUUCCACUCUGGCUAUACAUGGCAAGGUGUCAAGAUAUAUGCAACUCCCAUCGCUGCACCCAUGCCCUCUGGCCACAGUGCUCGACGUGUGGACUGCAAAAAGGUCCACCUAUCUUGGCACAAAGCGGUUCGGAACGUUUGGUUGAACUUUGACAACGGAGAUACUGCCAAGAGAGUGAGCGAUUUGUUCGCAAAGGGCAGCUAUCGGAUCUUGGACCAGAAAGUCACCACGAAGCCAGCUACUGAAGCUCAGCCGACUAUUCAUUCGUACGCGUGGUCGCCGUCAAGGAACCGGGUGAAUUGGACAGUCAUGCUGACUGAAGUGCCGGCUGCCGCCGAGACGAAGGACAUCUUGCAGGCCAUCACGCUGGAGAGAAACAGGCCUCGGCACGUAGAAGUUGGCCCGCCCACGUAUUCAACCGAUGCUGAAAAGGCUUCAACCAUAGUACGCUCACUUCUAACAAACAUUGGACCUCUGGAAUAUUUCGAGGUCACAUUGGAGACCAACGCCAGGCGAGUCAAAGCCACUGCUCGCUUCUUGGACGAAGCCGACGCUAGGAGAGCUGCCACGGAGCUUGACAAAAAGGAGCUUAUCUUCCAUCCUAAGGCGCGGUUGACUGUCCAGAUGGUGUACUCGGCCAAGUUCAAAGCCGGUACAAGCAUUUACGACGCGGUCUACCCCAGAAUCCUGGCUCAAGAGAAGGCUUGGAAAGGCAAGAAUGUCAUCUUCAAGGCGUACAACAGCACGGACCCCUUGAAGAGGUUCAGGCUCUUGAAGAUUGAGGGAGAAUCGGCAGCUGAUGUUGCGGUUGCCAAGGCGGACCUUGAAUCUAUUCUUGGCGGCGUUGUUGCGAAGGGAGAUGGCAUCCCCCUCUGGGACUCUUCCCUCAAGGCUAAUGGAAGGCUUUUCCAAGCGAUCAAGAAGCUGGAAGCAGAGCUCUCCACGACCAUCAUCCGAGACAGAGGCAGAUCUGAGUUGCGCCUUUUCGGGUCUCAGGCCCGCUGCGAGGAGGUGGAGCGUCGCCUUGCCGAACUGAUACGAGCCGCGUCAUUGUCGACAUCUGCCCGGGCCAUUGAACUCGAACCUCACAAGUUCUUCUGGGCCUGCCAUGGGGGAUUCAGGAAGAUAACUGCCAGACUCGGGCCGGAAAAGGCAUCGUUUGACAUCAUUUCCACGCCGAAGAAGAUUGUCAUAUCCGGCUCGCUAGAAGACUACGAUGUCGCCCUGGCCAUCAUGGAAGGCCGAGAACAAGUCGCCGAAUCAGUCGUGCGACAUGAAGUCAACGAAGCGGCUCAAGACUGUUCAGUUUGCUGGACAGAAGCGGAAACGCCUGUCAAGACCCGGUGCGGCCAUGUAUACUGCCAGGAAUGUUUCGAAAGAAGCUGCACGAUGGGAGACGGAACUGCCGCAGACUUCGCCAUCCUAUGCCAUGGAAAUCAGGGCAGCUGUAAGAAGGUCGUAGUGCUUGAUGACCUUCAGGAGCAUCUCUCCGAGGGAGCGCUUGAGGACGUGCUUGAACGAUCCUUUUCGUCCUACAUCAAGCGACAUCCCAACGUGUUUCGCUACUGUCCCACUCCAGACUGCGGCUACAUCUACCGAGUCUCCUCGGAGGCGAGAACUCUGAAUUGCUCGAAUUGCCUCAGGCCGACCUGCUCCGCUUGCCAUGAGCCGCACGUCGGCAUGUCGUGCGCAGAUCACCAGGACAUCAAGACGGGAGGCUACCAGGCCUUUGCGAAGCUCAAGAAAGAGCUGGGCAUCAAGGACUGCCCAACAUGUAAAACUCCGCUGGAAAAGAUCGAUGGAUGCAACCACAUGACUUGCAUAGCGUGCAAGGCUCACAUUUGCUGGGUGUGUUUGAUGCUCUUCCCCAACGGCACCGGUAUUUAUGCGCAUAUGGCGAAGCUGCACGGAGGGCAUAUCGACAUGACGGGAUUGUAA